AUGGCAAAGAAGAAUGUACUGCUGCUCGUCGCAGACGAUCUAGGGAAGCAAUUGAGCUGUUACGGGGCGCAAGAUAUCAAGACCCCCAACAUCGACCAGUUAGCUUCCAACGGAACACGCUUUGAACAAGCUUUCGCCAGCACAGCAUCUUGCAGUGGAAGUCGCUCGGUCAUUUAUACCGGCCUCCACACCCAUCAAAACGGACAAUAUGGUCUCGCGAGCCAUCGCCAUCAUUUUGUCACCUUCGAUAAUGUCGAGACUGCUCCAAAAAUGUUGAAGCAAACAGGAUAUAGAACCGGAAUCCUAGGCAAAAUCCAUGUUGGCCCGGCAUCUGUUUACCCCUGGGAGGUGCAGAAGGAGAGCGACACUCGCGAUGUCACAAUAAUUGCGGACCAGGCAAAUGAAUUCUUUGAACAGUCGCAAGAGGAUAAACGUCCAUUCUUUCUGACAAUCGGCUUCAUCGACCCCCAUCGUGACCGCACCAGGGGUGGCUUCGGGAAUGAUCAGAAAUACGAUUCCAGGAUCAUACCUGGUCAAUAUCUACCCGAAAACGUGAACGUCCCUCCUUUCAUCAACGAUACACCAGGCACACGAUUCGAGCUGGCGGAAUACUACAACUCAAUCCAUCGUCUCGACCAAGGUGUUGGCCUAGUUAUCAAGCACCUCGCCGAUUCAAACCUCGCCGACUCAACACUAGUCAUCUUCAUAAGCGACAACGGCCCGCCAUUCAUAAACUCGAAAACAACCCUCUAUGACGCUGGAGUAUGCCUGCCUCUGAUAAUCAGACAUCCUGGCCUACCGCCAUCAAUCAGUCCAAACAUGGUAUCCUACGUCGACAUUCUACCCACGAUUCUUGAUUUCACCGACCAUCCAGAAUUGAUAGACCCUACCAAGAAUCGCAUCGGCCGCUCUCUACUUCCGAUCCUCGGCACCGACACCCAAAACCCAUCAUUCGACGAAGUCUUCGGAUCCCAUACCUUCCACGAAGUAACGAACUACUGGCCAACGCGAUUCAUCCGCGACAAGCGGUACAAGUACCACCGCAAUCUCGCAUGGCGACUAGAUUUCCCCUUUGCAGCUGAUCUAUACGGCUCGUUAUCGUGGGAAAAUAUUCGAAACUCGAACGAGAGUGACAAAAUGAUUGGGGGAAGAAAAUUGAGGGAUUACUUUUUCCGAGCGCCGGAGGAGUUGUACGAUCUGAAAAAUGAUCCGAAUGAGGUACAUAAUCUGGUGCAGGAUCCGGAGUAUGCGAAGGUUUUGGAUAGGCUGAGAACGAAGCUUGAGCGGUGGCAGCGGAGGACAGAGGAUCCUUGGUUGUAUCGGGAUGGUGUUUCUGUUUGGUUUGUUCGGUAUCAUUUACCUGGGAUGAGGAUUCCGGAUAGGCUUGAUUUUGAUGCUGAGCGGCCGGGAAAUCGGGAUGGCGCUGUCUAUGAGAACGGAGUUUGGGGAGCGGAGGUGGAAAAUGAAAGUGAAGGGUGA